GCUCAACUGAGGAAGGAUCCCCACCUUGCUACCUGCAGUGUGCAGCCUUGGCUGUUCACCGUCUAACAUCACGCAACCCUGCAAUCGCAUGGCAUGGCAGAAGGCAAGUGGACGACGACCUCGUAAAGGCGAACGACACAAAGAUAAGCAUCCAAUGAAUCAACAAGCUUGCUUGGGUCGGCUUGACCUUCUUAACUCUGCAGGCCCCAUGCCUCAGACUGAUAAAGCUGGGGGUCUCUUCCAUCCUCUACCACCUUUUGACAGGAACUCUCAAUCACCAUCAAAUCGCUCGUUAUGGCAAGCAACGGCGACUCAGAAAAGCUCCCGGACGGUUCGAAGGCGGCCCCCAUCAAUGCCACCCAUGAUGUUGACAAAGGCGUCCUUCACGAGACGAAGGGUAGCACCCACGACAUCGAAGAGGGCGACCAUCGCCAGGCGAAGCUCAGCCGUGGCUUGCAAGGUCGACAUAUGCAGAUGAUCGCCAUCGGAGGGUCCAUCGGCGCCGGUCUCUUCGUGGGUUCUGGCUCUGCAUUGCAAUCUGGCGGUCCAGCCUCACUGGUCCUUGGAUUCAUCAUCAUUGGUGUCAUGUUGCUUUGUACUGUGCAAGCUCUCGGUGAAUUGGCGGUUUUGUACCCUGUUAAUGGAGCCUUUUACGUGUAUGGGGUGCGAUUUAUCGACCCUGCCUGGGGUUUUGCCAUGGGAUGGCAAUAUGCUAUUGGCUGGCUGGUCACGCUUCCGUUCGAAAUCACUGCUGCGGGCAUAACAAUCGACUACUGGCACCACUAUAACAUUGGGAUUUGGAUUGCAGUGUUUCUCACGACCUUGAUUAUCGUGCAGUUCUUCGGUGUCAAGGGUUAUGGAGAAGUCGAGUUUGUUCUUGGUGUGAUCAAGAUUGUUGCCGUUCUCGGCUUCAUCAUCUUCGGCAUCAUCGUUGACUGUGGCGGUAUCCCCGGCGACGAUCGUGGAUAUAUUGGCUUUAGGUAUUGGGACGACGCCGAACAUGGCAACAAGGCUUUCCGCAACGGUUUCAAAGGUUUCUGCUCUGUCUUCGUCACUGCUGCCUUUGCGUUUGGAGGGACCGAACUUGUCGGUCUCGCCGCCGCUGAAGCUGCUAACCCCAGGAAAUCGCUGCCUAAAGCCACUAAACAGGUCUUCUGGCGCAUUGCGGGAUUCUACGUUGUCUCGCUACUCAUCAUGGGUAUCAUCGUGCCCAACAACUCUCCCGACCUCCUCAACUCGUCGGGCGCAAACACCAAAGCCUCACCCUUUGUGCUUGCCAUCAAGUACGCCGGUGUCAAAGGUCUGCCCUCGGUGUUUAAUGCCGUCAUCACCAUUUCCGUCAUGUCUGUGGCAAACUCUUGUACCUAUGGCUCCACCCGGACCAUGCAGGCACUGGCGCAAGGCGGCAUGGGCCCCAAGUUUCUGGCGUGGAUCGAUAAGAAAGGCCGUCCCGUGUGGCCAGUUGUCAUCCAAAUGGCAUUUGGGCUCUUGGCGUUCAUCAACGAGGCGGCCACUGGCGCGACGGUAUUCAACUGGCUGCUCGCCUUGACGGGGCUGUCUUCGUUCUUUGUAUGGGGUUCCAUCUGCUACAGCCACAUCCGGUUCCGUGCGGGAUGGAAAGCUGCCGGCCGCUCGCUUGACGACCUGCCAUUCCGGUCGCAAUUGGGAGUGUACGGGUCUUGGGUCGGGGUGUUCCUCGUGGUAUUGUGCAUGGCCGCGACGUUUUAUGUCGACCUUUUCCCGCUUCACAGCGACCCGGACCCCGAAGUGUUUUUUGAGGGCUACAUUGCGCUCCCAAUCGCCCUUGCGCUGUUUGCGUUUUGGAAGCUGUGGACGCGCGACUGGUCGCUCAUGGUCAAGGUCCGUGAUAUGGACCUCGACUCGGGAAGGAGGGAGUUUGAGGACAUUCCGGAUGAUGACGAGCCGGAGAGGAAGAUGAGUGUCGGUCGGAGGUUGAGCCGGGCGGUCUUUUGAUGCAUCUGGGAGUGUUGUCCGAGGAUUGCCAACUCUCCAUACUGGCAGGAAGUGAAGAUGCGGUGGAGAUCUCGAUGGAUCCAGAUAUUCCAGGUCUCGAAUACCGGUACUGAGCCCUCC